UGAGCCUUAUUUUUUUGUUUUUAGAUGUUUCCUCUCCCACGUCCUAUUACAUUUCAAAUCGACACAGAAUCUACUAGAUAUUCACUUUCAAAUGCUAGACUUUAUUCUUCUCAACGUCAUUAUUCUCUUGCUAUUCUUAAUUACAUUGCAGUUCUUAAAUCUCUCCCAACAGAAAAUCGUUUAAAAUAUUUGGAAGAAUUUUUAGUGACACUUCAAGCAUUUCUUCAUCGUGAGGCGAAUGAGACUAAUACAAAUGAUGUUUUACGUGUGGCAACAAUAAUUUAUGGAACAGAAUUUAGAUUUUGGCGAACAAUUGCAGAAUAUUAUUAUGUUAAAAGCAAAUUGUCUAGAUCUUUGGCUAAUUUUCAAAGGGCUCUUUUAUUUGCUAAGGGGGAUAUUGAAUGGCUUCAAGCUACAACAAGUAUUGAAAAUUUAAAGACAAAUUUAUUUGAUGCCUGGCAUUGGCGAAUGAUUAAUGACGGGAAAAGAAAUGCAAAAUUUGUUGAAGCGAUUAAUGGAGCACUUAAUGCAAAACAAGAUGCAAGAGUAAUUGACAUUGGAUGUGGCUCUGGAAUUUUUAGUAUUGCUGCGGCUAGGAAUGAUAAUCCUGUCCAUGCUUGUGAUCUUGAUGAAACUAUGUGCAAAAUUGCUCGUAAUUGUUUUAUACAAAAUGAUGUUCGAGUCAAGCUUUUUGAGAUGCAUUCGAAAAAAUUAACGGUCAAAAAACGUUAUAAUUUACUUGUUAGCGAAACUGUUGAUUGUGCAAUUUUUGGAGAAAGAAUUAUAGAAACGGUUUCUCUCCUUUUCUCACUUCUAGAGGCGGAAGCAAUUGAUCGUGAAAAUGUAUUUGAGUAUUCUGAUACAAUUACUUUUAUUUCUGAUUGUUGUAAUGUUGAGGGAUCUGCUUCAAAAAAUAUUAAACGAAUUCUUCCUCCAUCGCCUUAUACUUGUUCAUAUGUUGAAGAAUUAAAAGACGGUUAUAGACUUUUAUCGCAACCAGUUGAAGGAAUUUCUGUUGACUUUAACGAUGUUUCUCAAUUAAUGAAGAUUAAGAAUGGUUUUUUAAAAUUAGUUUUUUUUUAA